AUGUCUACCUCCAUCCCAACAACUCAGACUGCUGUUCAAAUCAACUCCCACGGCGGCCCCGAGGUCGUCGAAAUCAACACAUCCGCCCCAGUCCCCACCCCGUCUCCCACUGAGCUCCUCAUCAAGAAUGAAUUCGCUGGCAUUAAUUACAUUGACACGUACUUCCGCAGCGGCCUUUACCCCGUUCCCAAGUUCCCUUACACUCUCGGCCGUGAAGCCGAAGGCACCAUCGUUUCCGUCGGCGCCGAAGUAAAAGACUUCAAGGUCGGCGACCGCAUCGCCUACCUUGCCGCUGAUACACAGGCCGAAUAUACUGUCGCUGCGCCUCUACAUGCCACGCACAUCCCCGAAAGCCUUGCUCCGGGUCUUGCCGCAGCCUCGAUGAUUCAAGGCCUUACAGCGCUAACGCUCGUACGUGAGAGUUACGAGGUCAAGAAGGGCGACUACAUCCUUGUCCAUGCUGCGGCCGGCGGUGUUGGACUCUGGCUCUGCCAAAUCCUCCGUAUCAUUGGCGCACACACGAUUGCGACAGCAUCUACGACUGAGAAGUUGGAGCUUGCCAAGGAGAAUGGCGCGGAACACUUGAUCAACUACAGCAGCGAGGACUGGGUCGCGCAGACAUUGAAGAUCACCGAGGGGAAGGGAGUUGCCGCGGUAUUUGAUGGCGUUGGAAAAAGCACUUUUGAAGGCGAUCUUCAGGUGCUUGCCAGGAAAGGAUCAUUAGUGUCGUUUGGUAAUGCGAGUGGUGCGGUACCGCCAUUUGCAAUUGCGAGGUUGUCGGCGAAGAACUUGAAAGUUUUGAGGCCACAGCUAUUUGGAUAUAUCGCAACGAGAGAGGAGUUUGAUACAUACACACAGGAGAUUUUCGGGUGGAUUAAAGAGGGUAAGGUAGAUGUUAGAAUCCACAAGGUGUACCCUUUGAGGGAUGUGAGGAAAGCCCAGGAAGACAUCGAGAGCAGGAAGACGACGGGUAAGUUGAUUCUUAAGAUCUAA